AUUUCAAAUGGAGCUUCCUACGUUACAAUAUGGCGUCAUGAAUUCAACUGCCUCGUUAUGUGACAAUAAUUUCGCAAAGUUCACCGAAAAACUGCCAGAAAUAUGGAUGAUAUAAAGCCUUACAGUUAUUUAGAUCAACUCACAUUUAAUAUUAUCAGUUAUCUUGGUAAAAAUAUGUGUACAAAAUAUUCAAUAUACUUCAAAACAAUGACUCGAGGAAAAUGAUUUAUUUUUUAUAAUUAUUAAUCAAUGGGAGUCUGCUUAGUCGAUUGUUUUAUCACGUGAUGAGAGUAAAUACGAGUAAGACUUCCGGGAGCCUGUAUGCAACACACUAGUGCUUGACAACAGUAGCCCGUUACACACUACAACUAGUAAUUCAAGAUGCCUAGGCCUAGGCAAUGUUCGGCUUUUAGCUGUUCAAACAGUAAAGUUAAGGACAGCGGUAUAAGUCUGCAUAAAUUUCCCCUUAAGGAUAAAGAAAAUGUAAGACAAUGGCUUGACAAAGUGGAUCUUCGUUAAUUAUUCACAUGAAAUCUUGUUCCAACCAUUAUUAAAAUAUGCCUUCAGUUAUUAAAAUAUGCCUUCAGCACAAACAUUGAUUUGUAUAAAUACGCAAAUGACGUUAUGGGUAUGCCGACAUUUCGUUCAAUGAAAAUUAACAAUAAAAUAAACAUAGGGGAAUGACUCCUGCACAAAUAUUGAAUAAACACGCAAAUGGGCACGGGGCUCAACAACAGCCUGCCGAUGAUAGUUCCCUUCGAAUAUCGCUCACAAAUUUUUCUUGAAAUAACUUUCUUCCUUUAAUCAUAACUGACGUAUAUUUAUUGUCACAUUUAUGUAUUUCAUUUAAAAAACACGUGCAUUACAGAAUAUUUUGAAAGUUAAAAUUUUUAAGUAACAUGACAUUGGAGAGGCACUGAUGAAGUAUCUUUUGUUGUGUGUAGCAGCCUAAUGAUGGCUUACUCUCAUCACAUGACCAAACAAGGAAGUGACUAAGCGACUCCCAUUAAAUUAAGGCAGGCAAAUGGGCAUGGCAUAAUAGUAACAGUCAGCCUUCAAUAGGCUAUUAAUAUUAUUGCGUAGGCCUAGGUAGUUUUUUAAUAUUUAUAUUUUAUUUAUAAAUAGGGCUCGGGCCUAUACUAUAUCCCAUAUUUCUAAUUCAAAUUAAUUGUAUUUCUGUAACAGUAGUAAGUAGUAGUAGUAGUAACUGUACACUACACUGUACUGUACUGUAGGCUGUAGACAGUUCAGUAGUUGUAAACUGUAACUGUAGGCUAUCCACGUUUUAAUUUUAUUCAUGUUGAAGAUUAUUUACAGAAUUGUGUUGUCAUUAAUUAAAGCUACACCAAAACAUCUACAAAUUACCCUUCACCAUGCCCUAAUUAAAAAGGAUAAUGAAAAUUAAUAUUAUUAUAUAAGUUUCACUUUUAGUGUGAGAUUUCACUUGACUUCAGGUUGGCUACCAAUUUUUAAGUAAACUUUCACAUGCCAUGUCAUUUUCAUCAAGAAUCUCUUCAUUUGCCCUACAAUGCUUUUGCCACCAUCUCCUCUCUAUAGGCCUAUGUCCUCAGACUUUGUAAUUACAUUAUUAGGCUUCUAACUCCUCCUUUCCUCACGCCACGUGAUGCUUGGGAAUUUGAAAACAAAUAUUAAAAUAAUCAAAAUAUCAUGUAACUUGGUGAGGAACUAGUUUGGAUAGCAGAACCAAAUAAACACUUUGCUGUUGCCAAAAACACUUAAAAAGGCAUAGUAAAGUAUAAAAAUAUUAUAAUCAUAUAGUCAUAGUUAAAUAUUAGAAGCAUAAGCAGAAGUAUUUAUAAUUUUAUAAAAAUAUGUAUUUAAUAUUUGAGAUCAAGGGACUUUAAUUCUGAUUUCUGUAUUCACAGUUAAUUCUAAACCAAUUAUUUUUAUUUAAUUUGUUACUAGAAAAGAAGCCUGGUAUAUGUCAAGUUAAAAAUGAGGUCAAAGCACCAGCAGAACGUCCAGCUGUUCAUUUAUGGGAACAAGUAUGAAUUUUUAAAUAAAAUCAUUCUAAAAUAAUAGAUGGUAUCAUCAUUUAUUAUAUCAUAUAUAAUUAUUAAUCAUAAAUAUGCUUUGAAUUAUGUUGACUUGUUUAUUUAAUUUAAUACCCAAAUGUUAUAAAUUAUUUAUAAUUUUAUUAAAUACUUUUCAGAAGCAAUCACUUUUACUUCCAGAUGAUUUGAAGAAUUUCUAUCUUACCAGCAAUGGGUUUCAUCUUUCAUGGUCUGUUAAAAUGGACAGUAAGUGAAAUAAUUCUAAAUUGUCAACAAAAAAAGUAUUUUUUUAAAUAAGGUUAUUGUUAUGUAUUGUUAUUUGGUCAUGCACAUUUAAUGUUUUAAGAUUUGACUUGUUAGAUGAACAAUAUGUAACAAAGCACUUAAAACCAGUAUACAAAGAUAAACUAUACCAAAGCUAGUGAUAUUAACAAUAUUCAAUUUCAUUAUACUAUUAAGUUAAUUUUAAAAAAAUCAAAUACAAAUAUACAGAAAGAAUAUAUAUUAACUUACAACACAUCAAGUGAAAAAGUAUAAUCCUCGAAAAAUACAAAUAUUAAUUAAAACACACACUAAGAAUAAAAUCUUGUGAGGCUCCUAUGAGUUUAUUAAGUCUUGUAAUAUGUCUCUUUUAUGGGAAACUUAUCAAAUCUCUGUGCUGGGAAAGCUGCUGGCUUAUUUAUAGGGAGUUACAACCCUAAAGAAAAUAAAUUAUAGAAAUUACAUCACCCAAUUACAUUCUAUAGAACAAAUUAGAACAUAAACAACCUUUUAACAAUUAAGGGAGGGGUAAGUUAUGAUAGAGUUCUACAAAUUUAAUUGGUGACCUUAAUAUCAAAACAAGGUGGAAGGGGGGGGGGGGUAGAGGAGGAGGUCAACACACAGGCUAUAACACUUGUGUUAAAUUGUAUUUUUGUCAUAAGAACAAAUUUCGAUGGAUUCAGAAAAAAAAUUUAUGACAGCUUAGCAGUAAUGCUAUUAAAAAUAUUCUUAACCUCAUUAUAUCCCUCUGCCAGGACUUAUCGCUAUCAAAAAAAGCUUUAAUUUAUUUUUAUUAGCUAUUUGAAAUUAAUCAAAUGCCACUUAAAUGGAAAAUAUUUUAAAAUAAUUUAAGACAUUUGAUUUACUUUCUUUUUUCAGACUUGACAAUCCCUGUAGGAAAUAUGAACAUAAAUCCUUUGAGUCAGCUCACACCCCUUGAUGCAGCAUCAGAUGAAGGAGCCCAUCUUACGCCUUCACUUUGGGAUCUCAACAUGGAGAAAGAGGUUAAGGGUAAAAACAGGUCAUAGAAAUUAAAGUAAGAUGUAGCUAAUCCUGAUGUAAGAAACCUGGAGGGUCGAAAAUCCGGAUGGUCUAAUGAUACAAAAAAAUUCUCCUGAGCAAGAAUCUUAAUUUGAUAUAAAAUAAAUGCAUUCACAUCUUUAAACGUAACUAAAGCCAUUAAAAAUGCCUAGGUAGAAACUUUUAAAAAUCAUUUAUAUUAAAUUCGAUUUUGUUUCUGUGUUUAAAGCAAAAUCUUCGAGGACUAAUUGACCCACUUCCUGCCAUCCUAUCAAAAUGAAACUUGGCACAUAGUCUCUUUGCUGAUUUUCAGCCCCACCCUCCACCACGAAAUAUCAGUUUUUCCUGUUCUUCAAGGGGAAGACAAAUGAAAUAUUAUUUAUUCAAUGGUUGCAUGUUUUCUUGUGGAGAUUAAUUAUGUAGUUUUUGCUAUGUGCUUUGUAUUUGUAAUAUAUUUGGGUAUGCCCCCAAAAAAAUCUAGUUUUGAAGGGGACAAUGAAGGAAAUAUGAAACACAUUUUCACCAGAAGUUUACCCAUUUACAUAAUUGCUUUUUAAUAAAUGAUUAAUCACGUAAAAUUAUAUAUAUGCACAAAAAAAAAUGCUAUACUGAUAUUUUUAAUUUAUUAAACUUAUUAUAUGAGGUUUGCUAUGGGAUUUUAAAAUCCGGGUUAAUUGAUAAUCAGGAUGGGGUUGAACAAAAAUUAGUCCGGAUUAUUAACAUCUUACUGUAUGUACAUAAUAUGUCUCUUUGUUAUGCACCAGGUAUUUGAAGAAUAAUUUUUUCUAUUUCUCUAAUCAACAUGUAAGAUGAAUUUUACAUUUAUCAUUGUGACUGAUUAAAUAAAUGAUAGUUUGUUAUCAUCAUUUGUGACACACGUCAAAAGAUGUGUCAAAUACCAGAGAAUGAGUUCUAUAGCUUAAAUAAAUGCUACAUUAGAAUUUCUUAACCAACAUGUUUUUUUCUCUCUUCAUUUGUAACUACAAUAAUCACUACUUCACUCUUUGUUUAUAAUGAAAUAGCUGGUUUAUAUUAAAAUGUAUGUUUGGCAUUAAUUAAAGGUCAGUGCCAAAUUUUUAUAAAUCAUUUUAGAAAGACAGUAUUAAGUUUAAUUUAAUCUUUCUUUCAUAGGACGAAAAUUACCAAAUUUCACUAGUAGCAAAAUAUUUCAGUUAGACGGUUGCCAAGGCUAUGGGAAAGUUUGCUUAGUCUACAAUGAAUCUCAAAAUGGUAUGCAAAAUGCAAAUCUUUACAAUCACUUUCAUUUUCAAUUUUUUUUUUUUUUUUUAUGUUUGGAGUAUACAGAAAAAACAUUAUUUUGAGCUAGUAAUAAUUUGUGUUCAAAUUUUUUACUUAUAAAAAGGAAAUAUUAAGUUACGUAUUUUAUAUACACAGGCCAGUAAAGUUAAGUCAUCAAUAAACUGUAUUGUAAUUGAGGAAUUGUAAUCCCUUAUAAUAUUAGUAAAUGUUACACACUAAGACAAUAAAAAAUAUGUCAUGUUGAUAAUCAGGUGAGAGUCAGCAUGAAAAUGAUGAUGAAGUUGAAAGUGGUGUUAUGAUGUCCACCAGUGGUAUGAAAUGUUUAGUCAAACUUUUUUAACAAUCUCAAUUUUGAACUAAAAAUAGCCUACACUCAAAAGGAUUUCUUCUUUUCUUUUUUUAGUGUCAAGUUUAUCUGAAGAUAUUCUAACCCUAAUUAGUGUAGAUAGAUUUUUUUAGUUAGAAUGGAACCAGAAGCAACUUUUAUGUCAUGCCAUAUAAUUUUUUUAAACUUAAUACCCACAUAUUUAUUUUCUAAUACAUUUGACUGUACAGUUAUCAAUAUUGCCCUUCUAGUAGCCAGGUCAAAUUUUCUUCUUGGCAUUUGUAUUCCCUUUCUUCCAUCACUCUGAUAAUUUAGUUGUUUGAAGUUUUAUAAAAUAAAUAAAUAAAAGAUUUGUUUCAUUUCAUUUUUAAAUACUUUCCUCAUUCCCUCUGUUUUAAUAUAUACCAUUAAAUUUUUCUCCAAACCAGGCACCAUGAGUGGAGCACUCAUUUUUAGAUUAUAUCCAGAUUAUUAGUAACACAAGGAGUUCUGCCUGUAUACAUUCAUAUAUAACAUUUUGACACUAUUUUUUUAACAACAUAGAAUUAACUGGUAGAAUUUUUUUUCUUACUCAGCUUAAUAGCAUAAUGUUAGUUGUAAUGUUUUUAUGACAUGUAAAUAUUUUUAGGUUAUAAUUUUAAUCAAAGAAUAAAUUUGGGUAUUGUAAAAUAUUUUUGCUGACCGGAGAUUGUCAUACAGAUAUUUUUCAGUUCCAGUUUUCAUUUGAAAUUUUCAUGAUUCCAGAAAUAGCAUCACCUGAUUUAAAUUUUUACAUUUGAACUUUGUUCACUAUUCAUUCAUUCAGACUUUGUCACAGAGUUAUGGUUCUUGGAUCGCUCUUUGAGGUGGCAUUACAUGUGUCCUUCUUUUCAAGCAUACUAUCGACUAAUGCUCAUGCAUUUAGGUUUGCCACAUUGGCAGUUUGCAUUUACAGAUAUUGGCCUGCCUCCCAUUUCUAAGGUAAAAAUUCAGCAUAGCAUCUUUUUGAACAUUUUCAUUAAAAGUGGGGAUUUAAUUUGUAUCAAGUUGUUGGUUCAUUACAGCAAUAUUAACAUUUGUUACUGGACUUGAGGGAGACAUUUUGACCUAGUCUAAAGAAAUGAAGAUGGUUAAUCAGUAUGUUGCUUUUAUAUAUACAGAAGAAAUCGCUAAUCUCAGUCUGUCAUCAUUAAAAAUAAUUUUUUUUAGAAACAAAAUGAAUAGUGUACAUUAACCAGUGAUCCAAAUGUUAGCUACACGCUGCCCUUAACGUGACCUAAAAAUAAAGACGGCCCUUUUGAAAUAAACCAAAAUAUGGAAACCUAUCUAUUACAUAAUCCAGUCUCAUUAUGGUUUUUUCACCUGAUAACAUCAUAUAAGCUAUUAUUUUCUUUUAGCAGUUCUUUUCAACAGCAGUGUUGUUGUUUUUUUUACUUCAGCAAUGGUUUAAUAUGUUUGCACCUAUCAGACUGGAGUUAGACAUCGAAGGUGCUGUCAAUGUUCCGAGUGAGCAUAACACAACAGGAAAGGGCAUGAGUUCUCCUCUUGACCUCAACAAAGUAUUCAAGGGAAAAAAUGACAGGAAGUAAUAAUAACUUUUGCUUUUCUCUCAUUUACAGUAUUUUAGUAUUAAUUUGAUGUUGAAUGUUGCCUUCAGUAGAUGCCUUCCAUGGUAUGAAAACAAUUGAAAAUUCAUGCUUAUUUAUUUUAGAAUUCAACCUGUGUUCAUUCUUAAAACUAGCUCCUAAUUAUUCCAGUUUUAAAUCAAAUAGCAAUAAAAGGUUGGUUGAGUGUCUUAUGCAUAAACUUUAAAGUUAAAACUUAUUACGGUAAUAACAGAAAACAUUUAUUCUUGGUGACGGUCAACUAUUUAUAGAGUGUGUACUAUUGAUAAGAUUGUCUGCUAUUGAUGGAGUGUCUGCUAUUGAUGGAGUGUACUGAAUAUGAUUUAGAAUUAUUGAAUUAUUGUCAGCUCAUAUAGGUCAUUGCUAUAUUUAAAAUUUACCGUUUACAACUGACAGCACAUGUAUUUUCCUCAGGAAAUUACCACCUACUCAAGCAGGAUCAGGAACAGCGGUGCCUAAGAAAAAGCCACCAGUCACUUCAGCAAGGUAACAAUUUUAUAUCUGCUAACUCAAUCCCGCUCAAAAAUUUACACAAAAGAUUUGAUCUUUUUCAUUUCUAUUUGUAAUAUUAGCAAAAAUUGAGUUUUAUUAUUGCUUUGGCCAUUUUGUAAAAAGUCUCUUGAACUUUAUCCAUUUUUUAAAAUACAUUUGCCUUUAUUUGAUUAUAAUACAUUAAUAUUAUAAUUAAGGGAUUUUAAAAAAAUGAAUAAUUAACUACUCAUAAUCAAUUUUAUGGCUUGGUGCUCAUGGAGGGAGUGUCCCUAUGGUUGGGUAGCAGUCAUAAUUCUUUGGGGGUAGCUGGUCCCCACAUGGUACUACCCUCUUACCUGUGGCACCAAGACAGGUAAGUUGUCCUGAAUUCCCAAGGGAGUGAGCAAUAGCCUAAUGAACAUGAAACUCUGGCAGAAACCUUCAGAAAGCAUCAAGUCUGCCAUGAGAAAGCAUCAAGUCUGGUUUGAUAAAAACUUUGAUGAAAUCAAGUAGUAGCAGGAAAAGAAAAACAUCUUCACCUAUCUUACCUCAACAACUCGAGUCUAUUUGAUGGCAUAAUGUGAGAAAGGUCUACGACAUUCUGAAAGAGUGCAUGGACUUGCAUCCCAAGGAACCUCAAAAUGAGCGUCAAUGGGAACACUGGUCACCGAGCAUUGACUGCUGGGCGGAACACUUUGACAAUAUCCUGAACCCCCUUAUCAAUCAAUGAUGAAGCCAUCGAUGAGUUACCCCAAGAAAUCCAUCACUAAGGAGAUGGAUAAUCUCCCUACCUACAUCAAGACCUAGAAAGUGAUCACUGAUACUCUCUUCACCAUUUGCAUUUACGUCGCACCAGUUGAUAGGUCACACCCUUAAUUUGAGACGUUACGCUGACCUUUUUUAACUAAUAUAUCGGUAUCUAAUAUUUACCCUAAGCUGGGGUAUCGGGCUUUAUAAGACCACUAAUAAUAAUAAUAAACGGACAUGACAAAAAUGUUUCUAUGACAACUCUAAAUACAGAGACAUAAUAAACUACAUGAUCUUUAAUAUAAUUUUUUUUUUAACUCAUUGCCAUCUGAUCGAGCGUAAGCAAGGGAGAAAAUUAUUUUCCUACUUUUCACAAAAAAUUACUUCUGCACGCUGAAUACUAGUAUGGAAAGGGAAAUUGAUGUCCAAUGGAUAGAUUGCACCCUUGAUUUUUGUAGAAAUUUUUUGUAGAACAAAGAGCGACCUUUACAAGAUUUUAUACAGCAUCUUGACUCCUGUCAUAAAAUAUCAUCAACAACAUUGAAAUAAUUGUCUGCUUGGUCAGAGCAACCAUGGAAAGGCUGUUUAAUAAUGUUUAGCACCUAGACUAAACUAAAAGUUUACAAGGCUCAUCACCCUACUCUGCUUGCAAGUGUAGUCUACCAAGGCUAUGCAAGAAAGCUGAAUCAGUCCAUUGACUGACAGAAAAAGGUCUCAAACGCUGAACUCCCCCAGACAGGUCUCCCCAGCGACUUCACUAUCUAAUAUAGUCUCAACUAUGUUGGGUGAGACAUAUGUGCAUUUCAGACCUACUGCUGCUAAAGAGAGUAUUUUGUGGCAAGUUUCAGCCUGGCACGAGAUUCCUGGUAAGAUUGAAGAAAUAAUUCAAUAUAAUCAGUCACCUAAAAUCCUCAUUCGCAUUGUACAUCAACACAGGCUCUUGUGAAAAAAUGUUGAGGAUUGAGCCUCUUGAGGCUCUUCAAUGCAUGAAAGCUCUGUGCCAUAGAAGCCAGAAGAUAGCUGCUAAAGAGUUCUAGUGGCAAUCCAAGUUGAAUUGACCCACACCACCAUUUUAGUCUGCCAUUCUAAAAAGGCAGAAAUUUUUCAGUUUAUCCAUGUUUGUUUGUAGCUGGCAAUUCUAAGAACCCAAAAAUAUAUUAAAUCACUGUCAAGGAUAGAAAUACAUAAAAAGCAAAUUAUGUCUUUUCCUUUCACUAUUGUAAAUUUAAACUGAUUUCUGUUACAUUUCUUUAUCAUCAGAUCAGCAUCAUCUUUGGGAAAGCAAGUGGCUCCCUCUUCAUCUCAAAUUAAUGUAAAGUCAAACAAGUAAUGAAAGAUUUGAUUUAUUUUACCAUUAACUUCAGACACAGUAUUUAGUUUAGAAUAUUAAUCAAUUUCUGCGUAACCAUUAACUUCAGACACAGUAUUUUAGUGCAGAAUAUGAAUCAACUUCUGUGUAACCAUUAACUUCAGACACAGUAUUUUAGUGUAUAAUAUGAAUCAAUUUCUGUAAACAAUCAUUUGUUUGAUUUUUAAUGUUAGAUUUGUUUAUGGGACUGUAAAAGACCUCAAGAUAUUUUGUGUAUGUUAAAAACAAGAGACACUAGACAUUAUUUAUUGACACAAAAUUUUAGCAAUAAAAUGUUUAUAAUUAUUCCUUACAUCAAAGUUUGCUUAAAAUUGUUUGUCAUUUGUCAACAUGUUAAUAUUGAGUAGAAAUUGAAAAUUUGUAUCUAGAAAAUUUUGCAAUUUUUUAUGUUGAAGAAGGCUUAUUCCAGUAAAAUAAAGCAUAUUAUAAACUACCAACAAAUUAAUGUUAAAGCUGUCCACGAAUUCCCAUAGUGAGAACGAAAGUUUAAAGAAGAAUGAAACCAGGACUCUAUGCUAAUGUCAGCCAUAUUUAAACAUUUCUAAUUCAACAAAAAUUAUAUGGAAAACUAAAUGUGGAGCAGGAUGUUUUGCUAACAUAUUUGCCAGGGUUUAACUUAUCUGAUGAUAAAAUAUACUAAUACUGAUACACUAUGUCUACAACAUCAGACUCAUGAGCAAACAAAGUAUCACUGAUAUUACUGAUAACUCAGAUCUACAUCCAUUUGAAAAUCUUAAAACAAGAAUCAAUAUUAAAGAAACAAAAAUAUUGUGUCAAUAAUAAACAAACCUCAUAUUUAGUCAAUAAUAAACAAAAUUUAUAUUUAAUUAAUAAUAAACAUCAUAUUUAGUCAAUAAUAAAUAAACAACAACUUUGGUCAAUAAUAAACAAAUAUUUUUAGUCAAUGCUAAAUUUGAUCAAGACCAUAGAUUUUUUUUUCUACUAACUUUUUUUCAAGAAAAACAUGUUAAAAAUACAAAAUUACAUAACAGUUGACAAAUAUAAAAAUGUGAAAUACAAAAAUUCUCAGUUUGUUCUUCUUUAAACUUUAUGUAACUACAAAUUCAUUGUCCAUUACAUGAAAGCUGUCAAUCCAAUGUACAUUAUCCAUUACAUGAAAUAUGUCCAGCCAAUGUACUUUGACCACUCAUGAAAUCAGUUCAGUCAAUGAGCAUUGAUCACUACUUGAAAGUUGUCCAGCCAAUGUACAUUUCCACUACAUGAAAGCUGCCCAGCCAAUGUACAUCUGACAUAAAUUUUUAUCAUCUGUCGCCUCCUACAAUAGACAAAUAGAAAGAAGCAUUAGGUUUUAGGAAUUAAACUGGGAUCUAGAAAUAAACCACUAGUGAUCUAGAAAUAAACCACUAAUGAUCUAGGAAUAAACCACUAGGGAACUAGAAAUAAACCACUAGUGAUCUAGAAAUAAACCACUAAUGAUCUAGGAAUAAACCACUAGGGAACUAGAAAUAAAUCACUAGUGAUCUAAAAAUAAACCACUAGUGAUCUAGGAAUAAACCACUAGGGAUCUAGGACAGUUUUUUAAAAGUAAGGAAAUCAAUUAACUGGUAAAAAAAACAAUGUCAAAAGAAUUAAAUUAAGC